AUGGCUCCACCAAGAUCCUCCAAGGACAAGUUCUUUGAGAAGGUCAUCAACCCGUACUUGUCCGAGGUGAUGAAGCACCCUCAAGCCAUUGAGAUGCGUGAGGGGGUGCUCCACAUCCGGGAUGUUCAUGGGCCCAAGAGGACGGGAAGCAUGGAGGCCAGGCUCGAGGCGCUGGAACAAGACAUCUUCAAGUGCCAAGUAAUGGUGGAGCAUGGACUCAACGCCAAUCACUCCAUGAUCACGGAAUUCACCUGUGAUCACAUGGUGGAUGGCCGAUCUAUGAAGGACAUCGUCUUCACCUUCAACGAGCAAAUUAAUUUUCUGCAAAGCCAAAUCUAUGAUCUUCAAAACCAAGUUUUUGAGUAUGAAACAAGGUUUAAAGGCAAGAAGCGCUUCUACAUGCAUCCUCCUGUCGGUCCCUAA